GCUCAGAUCAUCGGAAUCGGAAAGAAAGAAAUGCCAAACGCACAGAAGAUCCAACGCGACGAGAAUGUUGGUAGUAAUCGAGAUCUUCCAUGUCUAUUUGAAUUUGAGUUGGAUUGAUCAAAAGCACACAUCAAAAUUUCUGAUCAAUUACCUCCUGCGCUACUAAGUAAAUUCCUCGAGGAUCCACACCUGGAACAACGAUCCACAUCUUGGAAGGAAGAUCUAGAUCAGCUCUAUUAGUGUGCAAUUUUAUUUCGUUUUUUUCCGCGUUGCCGUGGUGUGCUUUGCGUACUUGAUUGAUACCCGGAUCAUGAUUUUGACUCGAAUUCAACAGCGACACCGAUGUUGAUUUAUGAAUUCUUGCGCCGCUAGUCUUCAUCGUGUGCAUUUUGAUUGUGACGAACUUUUAUUCCGAGUAGCAUGCGAGAACUUCGAAGUCAUAAUUGCAGCAUGAAAACUACAUCUUCGGAGCAGAAAAUGAGGGUGAAAAAGAAGCCCACCGUCAUAUCGCGGACAGGGAAGAAACCAAGAAGUCACGCGCGAGCGAGCAGCGGUUCUAGUAGUGGGCGAGCAGAUUGUGCACCAGCUCCUCAGGACUGCUUGGAUGACAGUGUGGACAGCAAUUGCAAUGCACAAGUGAUCGACGACAAAAUAGACCCUGCAAGCAGCGACAGCGACGAAGAGAGUGUGGAUCUGCUUCUGCAAGCGCUUUUGCAACAGCGGCUGGCGGCAAGAUUUGGCGACUUUGGUGCUAGCGGUGGAGACGAAGAUCAUUGUACAACCGGAACAUCAACUGCCGUUAGAAAUAACUCCACGACCAAUUGUGAGCUUGCGGCCACAGUAGAAGACGAUGCGGCGCUUGUACAGGACCGACGAGGAACAUCAACCGGCACAAGUGGACCGACCGACUCUUUGAGAGACGGUCGAGGACAACGUCCAGUAGUACAAGCAACCGCCGGACAGCAGGGUCAACAUGUGGAACCACCAACCAAAAAGAGGCGGCGGGGCGGGAAGAAGCGACGAGAAAGGGAUAGUACGAUGUUGCAGGACGAGGUCGAGAGUGGUGUAGUUUUAAGGCUCAAAAAAAUCCAUCCGCUCAACGGCUCUCAAAAUGUUUGAAGCCUGGCCAGAAAAAAGGCAUCUGCGCAAAAAGACACGCGCAGCAGUUUGCGACGCUCGGCUUUGUGAGCGCGUUCGCGCUGCAAAGUAGCGAUUUGAUUUUUUGAACCUUUUUGCGGGCCUUCAUUUGUGAUCAUGCGCCUUUCGGGGCGGAAAAGGAGCUGGGAGCGUUUUAUCAUCGUUUCCCGCUCUUUCGCAAGACUCUGUGACUUGCAGAGCUUGCAAGUUUCUUUCAAACUUCAGCUGAAGUUCAAAUUUGGCUUGAAGCUUUAAGUCAAAUUUGAACUUCAAGUGAAGUUUGGAAGAACUGAACUAGUCCCACAAGUGGGUCCAACAAACAAAUAUCCCAAUAGGAUUUGGCGUUUUCCGGACUUCUGUCGGACACCGCUGAAGGAGUAGAGCAAACAAAUUUUGAGCAAAAAAUUGAAUACCUGCAAAUGUAUGCGAAACGGCGAAAGGUAGAAAAAGGCUGUCAAAAUGGUCGCAGCUCGUGUUUUUUGAUGCUCGACGGGGGGCGCUUUACAACCUACAGCCACAGCAUCGGCGACGGCUUGCGAAGUGAAGCAGUGAUGGGAGUACGGUCUCGCCAACCGCAUUGCAACAGCUCGCGCACACAGAUCGCGCAGAGUGCUCGGCCUUGCUCCUCGAAUGCGAAGCGGGGCCCUAUCGACUUUUCACCCCUUGCAAGAAUUACUUCAGCAAACAUUUUGGGAGCCGGGCUCCGAAUGGAUUUUUUUCACCCCUAAUAGUUCUUCACACACGAAAAGAACGACCCUCCACGCACGCUUCUGAGCUGGACGCGGUUUUUGAUGAAAGCCACAGCAAAAGUAACGCAAAGAGGACAGCAGCAGCUGCUAUGUCGGAGAAGAUGAACGCAGAGUCUGAAGAACAAAAAGCGGCCGGUUCUAGUACUGAUUUAGCCAGAGGUGGAUCCAAUAGUUCUAGUAGUACAAGAACACCAGGCAACAUCAACAUGACAAACCCCACGACCCUUUCCAAGCAAGCCCAACGGAAGAUGCGGAACCAGUGGCUUCGCGGGGACUUGAGCAAAAUGUUCUCGGAGCCACGAAUAGAACAAGCGCAAGACAAGACUCUAGCAGCACGUGUUGAUCACCAGCAUGACAGGUCUCAUUCACAUGCCGCUCCCACAUCAGAACAUGCCCUCACCAUUUCCGACAAAGACGACGAGAAAAAGUACUUCAACACGUGCGUGAACGAGCUCCGUGACUUGGCCUACACCUCCCUCUCGAAGAAUAUCAAAUGUAAAAAUGUCUGGGUCUGGAAGAUUUCCAGGUUUGUCAUGCAUAUUUCGCAUGGGCUAUGAGGCCUGUAAUGCAUGACCUAGCAUGACAGAUUUUUUGCGGGUAUCUUGAUGCCUAUCCCGCAUGACAAAUGCCCUCUCCGCGGAGCAAAAACUGGACGCCUCUUGCUGCUCAUGCAAUACAGAUUUUUUUAGAUUCCAAAAAUAGCAUCACAAGUUGCAUUCUUCCAGACCCAGACACUUUUGCAAUCCAUAAAGAAAAAGAAGUGGCAGUUCACGAACGCAAAACUCGAGGCGCUGGGCGGCAAGGUCCGCCCCUAUCAAAUGCAAAAAUGUCUGGGUCUGGAAGGUUGGAACUUGUCAUGUUAGAUCUGAAUCAUGUAAAAAUCUGUGUUGCGUGAUUACCAGAAGCUGUCCACUUGUGACCUAAUCGAGAUGCAGUCUCACAUGCAGAAUAGGCAUCAUAGAACUAUCACAGAAUCUGUAAUGCUAUGUCCUACAUACCAGACCUCAUUGGUCAUGGAAAGCCUGCAUGACAAGGCUGGCACUCUUCCAGACCCAGACACUUUUGCAUUUGAUAGCCCCCACCACGGGGCGAUUCCCUUCAACGUUUUGAAGAGGGAGUGCGCGAAUCGGAAAGAGAAGGUCAAGAGGUUGAACCGAAGGGACGAAGCUUUAGGGGUCCAAACGUCUGUCGUGAAGCACAAGUCGAGGCACGCGGGGUUGGGGGAGAAGAAAAGGGAGUUGAACCGGAAAAAGCAGAAGAAACAGGGACACUUGGAAAUGCGGAACGUCGGGAAAGUGGGGCAGGUUUUGGGCAACAAGAUGGACAAAACCGGACUGCAGCUGAGUGGAAAUUACUUGAAAAAAUUGGGGGUGAAGAAAUGAGGUUGAAGGUUCUUGUUUGCAGCAGUUUUUUUACUUGUUGCGCGGUUCACCUCGUGAUUCGCUUUCACCCUGCAACACCAUGGCGGCACGUCAUGCUACUACUUUCUCACGCGACAUAAUCUCGGCGAAGCCGGCACUCUGCUUGCUAGUAGCUUCCACGUUCGAGGAUGAAGUUUGAAAA